AAAGGCCUUUCCGUAAAAAUUUGCGCAAAUUAGUUUUAGGCGGUUUUUGUUUGGAGUAGAUUCCUGUUCUUCUUCGGUGACUGAAUCGAUCCUGCUAUUAGUUCGGAGCAUAAUUGAGGGUGAUUUUAACGCAUUUACCAUGCCUUCAACGUUGGAAUCGUGUGAAUUGUUCUACGGAACGCGGGAUGUGUACAAAAUUUUUGAUUUGCCAAAUAAUGCUCAGGAGAAAGAAAUAAAAAAGGCGUACUACAAAUUAUCGCUCAAAGUACAUCCAGAUCGUGUGAAGGAAAACGAAAAGGAAGACGCAACUGAAAAAUUUAAAGUUUUGAGCAAAAUCUAUUCCAUCCUUUCCGAUAAAGAUAAGCGAGCUUUAUAUGAUGAGCAAGGAGUAAUUGAUGAUGACGAUGAUUCAAAUGGCACUAAAUGGAUGACAAUGUGGCAACAGUUCUUCAAGCCUAUUUCAACGGAAGACAUUAGCAAUUUUGAGAAGGUUUACAUUGGAUCGGAACUGGAGCGCAACGACAUUAAGAAGGCUUAUCUGGCGGGUAAAGGCUGCAUCAAUUACAUGUUCAACAGUGUUCCAUUCAUGAGCUGCGAAGACGAGCCUCGCAUCUAUGACAUUGUUAAGGAAAUGAUCGCCACCGAAGAAGUGCCGGAAUAUAAGACUUUCACAGAAGAACCGAAAGCAAAGCGCAACCGUCGUCAUAAGAAAUACGCCAAGGAAGCGGAAGAAGCAGCUGCCCUGAAGCAAAAGAGGGAAAAACAGCAAGAAUCGUCUUUGGAGCGUCAAAUUGCCCAACGGCAAAACGAACGACAACUCGGGUUUUCCGCAAUGUUAGAUCGUCUGGCGGAAAAAUACGGUGAAGAAGACGAGGACGAAAACGACACCUUUGAUUUGGACAAAUACAUGGCGUCCAAGAGUAAAAAUAAAUCUAAAAGAUCUCAAGAAAAUAACACCAAAGGGAAAAAGCUCAAGGUGAUCAAAGGACGCGUGUCGAAGAAAAGUGUCUAAUCUCUAAUUUGAACAUUUUUGUUUUAAUUUUCUGCGGAUGCCAUAUAUCGGGGCUGAUGCUGUUAAGUACAUUGCAAAAAUAAAACCAAAAAAAUGAU